UUGGGUUAUCAGUCAGUCAAAAAGAAAGAUCAAAUGAUGCGUUAUUUUUAAAGUUAGGAAUUUUCCUGUGUGUGUGUGUGUGCGUGUGUGUGCGUGUGUGUGUCUGUGUGUGUUUGCGAGUUGUGUUUGGUUAACACAGGCACAAACAUUGAAAAAACUAUAUUAUCACAGCAAAUAUGACUGAUUUUGUUGAUCAAAUUUGUGAUUGACGCAGAUAAAGUAAUAUAAUAAAUAAAUAAAUAAUAAAUAACUAAAAUCUGGAGCAAAGAACUACUGCGUCAUCCUGCACCAGUCCAAACUUGCAGCCUGCUGAUCAUUGAAAAAUAUCUGUGAACACACACGUACACAAGGCCAAGGUUCACCACAGGGCACCCCGUUUGUGGAAGUUUAGUUAAAGUGUGACAGGAGAUUUGUGAACUUUUUGUUGGUGCACAGUGAAGGUCAAAGGCAUUAAAGUUUAAAGAGGCAGUGUAUGUAAGUUGCAUACAUAUAUAUGAGGGGCUGUGAAACUGAACAGUCAGCUCCAGAACACCAUCUCACCACAACACAGACUGAAUUUGUCAGCCAUGAGGGUCAUCAACAUGGUACAUGUGGAUUCAACACAGAACUACACUUUUAUUCUUGCUAAACUAAAAUGUUGUUUUUUAAAGGAAAUAUACUUUUUUUUUUUUAUCUUUGAAGGUUUGAAAAUAUAUUCUGUUUGUUAUUCUUAAUGCAGGGUCCAGACCCCUCUUUGGCAUAUCGUCCAAAUUUAGAGAAGAAUCAAACCAAAGACAAGGAGGAAUACAGGAAUUUUGAGGUAAGGUUUAACAUCUUCUAUUACCUGAGAGCACUUCAGAAAUUAAAAACAGCAUUUUAUUACAACACUUUUGAAAGGUUACAGUUUUGGAGCUGUGAUUUUUUUUAUUUGUGUGUGUGUGUGUACAUUGAACUUAACCAAUCACUGUAUAAUGUAAUAUUUAUUAAAAUUGCAUGUUUUUUUUAUUUGCUAUCUGACUUUUUUCGUUCUUGUAAUUAUUUGUAUAAUAUUAGAUUUGAUAUGACUUCAUUUAUUCUUUUCGUAAUGGUUAUUUUACAUAACCAUUCCCUCAAACAAAGUGGAGUAUUGUUGCAGUAAUCAUUACGCAACUUUAAGGAAGAUCUUAGGAACUUAGGGAAAAUGAUCAAUAUUGAUAAAUAAUGAUUUAUUAUUAUUAGUAGGUCAGUGCGCUGCCUGAAAUGCUGCUUGAAUUAAAACUCUACUUUUGUUGUUAUGUAAUAGUUGGAUUUUUGAGAUGUGAUUUUAAAAACUUGUGAUUAACGUUUAACUCUAUAAUAAAGAGGUUGUUGCCAAGACAGAUAUUACAGCUGAGGAAGGGUUGUGGAGCUCUUUCUAUGCCUAUGAUGCUGUUUCUAAAAUGUUGCGGUGCAUAUGUGUGUUUGUUUGUGUGUUUUUCAGAAUGGGAGUCUAAUUGAUCGUGUGUUUAACACAUACAAGCUGAUGCACACCAACCAAACGCUGGACUUUGUCAAUAAAAAGGUCAAUAAACUAAAUAAGUGAUAUAAGUGAUUCUGUUUUGUGUAGCUCAUUCUGUUUGUGUCGUAUUGAUCGUGACAGACUGAGCAAACAACCCCCAGAGAGCUUAAAAAAAGAGCAAAUACUGUGUCUGAACUAAAUGUUAUCCUCUCUCUAGUCCAAAAAAGGUUACACAAGGCCAUUCUCCUCUUUGAUUUCUAUCAGUCAGCUGUGGUUUUCUCUAAACUUGCUGUUUUCAUAAUUUUUCAGACCUGAUCAAUCUAUCCAUGAAAACUUAACUGAUCUCUUGUCCUUGGUCCUACCCUCCUGCAGCACUCUGAAUGGACUGGUUGCACUCAUACCCAGAUGGGGAUAAUGGAUGCAGUCAUGUCUCUAGACCAGUUGGUGGAUGAAUCUGACCCCGAUGUGGACUUCCCAAACUCUUUCCACGCCUUCCAGACUGCCGAGGGCAUUCGUCAAGCACAUCCCGACAAAGGUAAACCUAACAGGGAGAGGGGUGGAACACACACACACACACACACACACACACACACACACACACACACACACACACACACACACACACACGCUGUGUAAUAACAUGAACACUUUUCUGAAAACUGUUCUCAACACCACCAUCCUCAGACUGGUUCCAGUUGGUGGGCCUGAUCCAUGAUGUUGGGAAGAUCAUGGCUCUCUGGGAUGAACCUCAGGUAGGCAAAAGUGUCAACAUAGCGAAAUAUGAUAUGACAACAACUUAAUAAUUUCCCUCGAUCAAACGUUAGAUCUACAUGAAGAUUUAACAGCAGUCUGUGUGUGCGCUCCUCAGUGGGCUGUAGUCGGAGACACCUUUCCUGUUGGCUGCAAGUUUCAAAACUCCAUUGUGUUCAGGGACAGCACCUUCCAGGAUAACCCCGAUGAAAAAAAUCCUGAAUUGAAGUAGGUAUUUUUUUGUUAAACAUUCAGAUCUGUGAACAAAGGUCUGCUCCACCUUUGAUCACAUUUGGUCUGAUUUCUUCUAACAUGUGACGAUAAAGGCUCUGAUGUUUUUUCAGUACUGAAUACGGGAUCUACAAACCAAACUGUGGGCUCAACAAUAUCCUUAUGUCCUGGGGCCAUGAUGGUAAGAGAUUUUAAGGCACACAAAUGACCAUGCCAUGGAAAAUAAGCUAUCAAAUUGGCAAACUGGAUCUGGAAGUGGACGUAGUUUUUAUGAUCAUGAAGGAUGACAAAGUUUUUAUUGUUUAUCUGUAACUAAACUCCUGUACUGAUGUUUUCAGAGUAUCUCUACCAAGUUCUCAAGUUCAACAAGUGCUCCAUCCCAGAGGAGGUGAGUGAAUCAUUAAAUCUAUGACCUCAAAUCUUCUCCUUCAAUAUUUUUCUCCUCACCUGCUGCAGCUGCCUCAGUCAUGGCUCUUCUCUCCUUCACCUCUCUUCAGGGGAUGUAUAUGAUUCGCUUUCACUCGUUCUACCCCUGGCACUCCCAUGGGGACUACAUGCACCUGUGUGAAGAUAAAGACUUACGCAUGAUGUCCUGGGUCCGAGAGUUCAAGUGAGUGUCCUCCUCUCUCAUAUCAGCCUUCCUACUAGCGUGCCUUUUGCCUGACGCUUCACCCUCCAUCCUCUCCACAGCAAAUUCGACCUGUACACAAAGACCACCGACCUGCCUGACGUCGCCAAGCUGAAGCCGUACUAUCAGUCUCUGAUCGACAAGUACUGUCCUGGAAUACUGAAGUGGUGAAAAAAAAACAAUAAGUCAUUAAUAGAGUGAUUGCAUAUGUGAGAAACUGAAUAAGCUGAUAUGUAGCUGCUGUAUAGUAACACAAAAGUAGGAUUUACUCUCACUGAACUCGACUAUUCAUCACUGUUUGUAUUGUGUUUCAAACCCAGGCGUCUCUGAUCGUAAACCAAAAUGUAUCCUCAAAGUGAUUGUGACUUAGUUUCACAGAUAAGAUCAACACAGAAACAUGUAUUUUAUUGUAUUUAAUGUUAUUAAAAAACCUUUUUCAAAAGUAAAUCCAUGUUUCAUGUUUCAUUUCUAAUACUGAAGAAAACACAAAAAAGAAAACAAGUGGAUGUGUCAGAUGUGUACAUACAGCAAGAAACCACAGUGACAUAAACAUAAUCAUCUACCACGCUCAUAUACACACACAUCUGUAAUUACAAAUAAGUGCAACAAUACAAACAGGAGAGAAGAAGCAGCAACAAAUUUACACCCUUAAUAUUUUCCCCUACUUUGAACAUUUUUCAUCGGCAAGCCUUAAUUUUUAAGAGUUCAACCUGAGCCAGAGCCAACGAGGGAUAAUUAAAAAUGUGGAAACAUCUGCCAACAACAUGAUUGUCAUUGUGAAAUGAAUACAAGAUUUAUGCACAGCAGCAAAGUGGAGGGUGGAGAAGGCAGUACGCAUUCUUCCUUAAUUGGCCAAUCAGGAAGUAUUAACAGACGCAGAGAAACAUCUUUGGUCAUUCUGGUGACAUCGCAUGAAGGCAGCUGGUGAGGAUACUCUUCCAGAGGUUUACCUGCAUCCUUUGAAAACCUUUUCAUUCAGAGAGAUCUUCAUCGUCCUCCUCCUCCUCUUUUUCCUCUCCCUCGUCACCAGCAGAGUCUUUAUUCUCCUCCCCCACCUCAUCUUGACUGUCCUCUCCAUCUUCCUCCUCCUCCUCCUCCUCUUCUGCAAUCAUCUGUUCAUCUGACUUCCCACAUUGGUCUGAAAAUCCAUCAGGUAUUUUUUCUGCUUGACCUCUCACAGGAGCAACGUCCUCAGGAGGAAGAGGGGUCCUUUCUGUGCGUUUGUCCCUGUUUUGUAAUCCUCGGAGCAGACAGAGAGUCGCACUGCAGGCAAUCAAGGUCCAGAUAAGUGUGUGAGCAGGAACACCUCUGACCUGGGAGCGUACCCACCUCACAGCCCUGGCAACCGCAGUUUUUGACAUUCGUGGAGGCGAUUUAUCCUGGACAUAAUCAAAGAUUAUUAUUAGUCAAUACGAGACUUUUACAGCCAGAAAGGUUUAUCAUUAAGAGCUAAUAUAAGCUUUAGGAUGAAUUCACCUUCAGUCCAUACUGGUUGAGCAUGCUCUCUAGAAAAGAGUUACCCAGGUUCACUACUGGGUAAAAUUCUUCCUCAUAGACCCUCCUCCACCAACGCUGAGGAUAAGACCUGUAAACAAAGAUCAGCCAUUCAGUGUAAACUAAGAGCACUCGUUUGUUUUUCUACUUUGAACAGUUUAAGGUGGGAGUAAUGAGACCUUAAGUGCCACUUUAAAGGGAUAUUCCGGCAUGAAAUUAAUUUAGGGUCAAACACACCGUAACACUGAGUUAGACACCCCCUCGAGAGAUGAAUGUUGCCAACCGCUUGCUUCUCUAGUUUUACCAACUUUAGUAACAACCGCACAAUAGCAAUACACAGCGGUCUGAGGAGCCACAAACAAACCUCAACCAAAAAGC